AUGGCCACCCUCAAACCACCUCCAGCACAACACCGCUCCGCACCAACAGGACCCCCCAAAGCCCCCGUCAAAGCCGACCCCACGACCACAAUCGCCGACACAGCCGUCUUCCAGGGCAAACACCUCAUAACCAUCGGCGCAAACACCGUAAUCCACCCACGCGCCCGCUUCUACAGCUACGAUGGGCCCAUUAUAAUCGGCGAUGGAUGCAUAAUCAGCGAAAAAGCCGUAAUCGGCACGCAACCUGCUUCUACAUCACGCUCACGACCAUCUACCCCCACAACACCCACUUCAACAGACGAACACCAACAUGACCAAGAUUCCACAAUACGCGUUUCCUACUUCGUAACAAUAGGGCCGCAAUCUACGAUCCGACCUGGAGCCCACAUCCACUCCUCCGCCUGCAUUGAAGCACUGGCCAUAAUAAACCGGCAUGCCGAGAUAGGUUCGCAUACGAAGAUUUGUUCUGGGGUGCAGGUUCCUGAGGGUAGUUCCGUGCCUGAGUGGACGGUUGUUUGGGGAAAUGGGAUUGGACAGAGGAGGAGGAGGGCUAGGGAGGCGAAGAUGCCUGGUCCAGCUGUUGUUAUUGCGGCGAAGGUUACGGGGUCGCCCGUUCCUGGUGCUGCGCCUGAGGGGAGGGUUAUUGAGGAUGCGAGGUUGAUGGUGCUUCAGAAGGAACGGGAGGUUCUUGGGAGGAUGAUUAUUCCUGCUGGGGCGAAGAAGAGAUGA